AUAUCAUAAACUCAUUAACUGAAUAGGUUCUUAAUUAGCACUUACUUAACGAGCAUGUGUGCCAAUAAUUAAGUUCGUUGAUGUAAAUAAUAUUAUAUGAGUGCUUUCGCAUCUGGGCAAAUAAUGUGUAUUCUUAGGCCAUUGGCCAUCGGCCAUUGAUUUCCAAAUUUUUGUCUCGUCCAAUUUCCACAUGAGUGUGAGAUUCUGUGUUGAUUCUGGCUAGGGGUUAUUAAUAUUUGUGUUUGUACUUCCACUUGUUAUAAUUGUCAGCAUCAACAGAUAGCUGUCGGAUAUGGCAACAAAUUUAUUUGCAUAUUGAUUGAACACCCGAUGGUGAACUUUAUGCGUUGGUAAUGAUGCAAUUUGCUGACUCAUUUGUGGCAGAGACUGCUGUAAGUUUAUUGGGUUUGAUUGGGGAGGCCAUUAAAUGCCACGCACGUCCUUCUGAUCUAAUUUCCCAGCGCCCGAGACCAAUUCAGUGUGUCUCCACAUUUUAAUGCGGAUAAAAUUUCGCUUUUGAAUCAAUUAGGGGUGCAAAAGAAAAAGGCGUGUCGUGCUAAAUAUUUACCCAGCUGUCUGGCAUCGGGUGAGUUAUCCCCAUUCCCGACUGCCUAACUGUCCCGCUCCCCAAAACUAGUUUUCCCUUGGGCGUUGCCCCCGCCACGCCCACUGACCCCUUGCGUGACUGCCCGGAUCCACCCGCUCCCACAGUCCUCACUUUUCCAGCUAGCCACACACACAAGCUAAGCCGGUGUUCCCUAAUGCUUGUUUAUGUGGGAAAGCGUUUGGGAUUGGCACUCCUCAGCUAUAAAUAGGCGCCCGACAACUGACAAAAACUGGAACAAUAUCUCGGAUACCAAGAAGGGGUAGCCCAGUAAAAUGAUAUUCGGUUGAUUGAUGCCACACUUGAAGAAAACUCGAGAAAAGUAAUUAAAUCAUUUUUAUUGGGACCACGCCUUUUUGCAGCAAAAAUUCUAUUUGAAUUUUGUGAGCAAAGUGCUCGGCACAUGCUAAGAUACACCAGCAUAUUCCACACAAUUAUAUCCGUUUUAUUUCCAAGGCCAAGAUAAUUCAUGAAAAGAGUGGAAGCCUAGAAGAAGGGGAUUUUCCAGUGAAUUGUACAUAUAUCACCGCGAAUUUGGCAAGGACCGCAUCUGUCGCUCGAGGGGCUUUCGGCAAAUUUAAAAGCGUAACCCCAAAAAUCAUUUGCACAGCAGUCAUGGGGGACUCAUUAGGCGGGGGCAUCCCCCCCCCGUUUUUUGUUAGAACGAAUAACUUUUAUUUUUCGCCUCAGAGUCCGCCACUUCAUCGCAGCGCUGUUGUUGACAAUGAGCGAAACAUUUGCGUAUCGGAAUUGGCAAAACCCCGGGCGGCGUCUAAGGAUAUUCCGGCCUCCGUUCCCGAAAGACAUGAAUAUUCAUUCUUUGCGAAGCGAGUCCCAAUCGAGCAUGAAGAUGCUUCAGGUUGCCGGGGCUUUUGGGAUUAACAUAAAAUUUCGGUUGAUUGUGUUUUGGUGAAGAUUUUUAUGGGAUAUAAGGGAUUUUAUGGGGCAACUAACUUGUUUGGCUGGAUGCCUGCCUAGUGAAAUCUCAACGGGCCAUAAGAUGGAUGGGAAUCGCUUAUACAAUGGCCAUGAAUGUUCAGGCUUUAUCGCCUAUGUGCAUGAGUGAGUGGUUAAAGUAUUGAUGUUCAUUUUUAAAUUUAAAUAACAAAUCGAAUAGGUAAGUGAAUGAGCAUUAAGAAUUUAGUAUGCCCCCUGCAUGUAGAGUAAAAGGGUGUACUGAUAUGCAGAAAAACUUAUAAUCGAACUGGAAGGAAGUCGUACCCUCGUAAAAAGAGAGCUCUUCGCAGAUCCUAGCAAUAAAAAACGGCGAUUAUUCCACUGCAAACUGUGUUUUACGAUGCAAUUCGAUGUCAUGAUGGUGUGACAGUACGAAAGAUUGAUGAGCUUUCUUUGAUGAGACCCCGACAAGGUCGUUCCACUUUUUAUUUUGGGCACCGUGUUCCUGUUCUUGUUGAUUCUUUGCUCUGAAUGCGAGUGAAGUAUUUGCCUGUGAAAUAUUUCGGGUAAAUAUGAAUUGGGCAAAUAGCAGAUAAAGUGCUUGGCGUGCUAUAAAAGGUGAAAACAGCGGCGAAAGGAGGCACAGUUUCGCAUUGAUUUCAUCAUGCAGCGAUUGGUGGUCAUAUUCAGUUCCUGCCUGCUGUUGGUCGCAGGACAUUUGGUGGAGGAGCCCCAGGUAAGGCUGAACCUCGUCCAAUCAAUUAUACAUACAAAUAAAUGUGUUCACGCACGCCCUACUUAAAAUCGCAUCUCUACUAUAAUAUAUAUUUCCAGGAGCUCCCUGAUAGCACCACCUAUUACCCUGUCCAAGGCUUUCCAGAUGAAGGUCAAGAGCUACCCGACAUAGUUGCGGAGACCGAUGCAGAGAUUGAAAAGGAUGCCCACAAGAUCAACUGGCUGCCCGUGUGGGAGGAGCAUGAGCAACUACGAUUCGCGCGGCAAGUGACCGAGCAGCCAGUUGGCACCACAGCCACUCCCGAGCAGUCCACACCCAAGGACAUCCUGCUGCCCAAGGAGAACCAGGAGUGCCCCACCAGUGCCAAACGUGGACUAACCAAUCUCGUCCGCGUGGCCCGUCCUCUUCUGCCCGCUUCCCAACUGAAAAACAUCUUGGCCAAUGCCGUGGAGGAUCCCCAGGUUCGGGAGCUGAUCAAGUUGCUCCGCAGCGAUGGCUUCAAGACGCAAGUGCAGCUGCUGAAGGCCAGCAAGCAGCACCAGCUGCUCCACGACUAUGUCUGCCGGCGGCUCAAGCUGGAUCCCACCUACUACGCGGAGUUCGUGCGCGUGUUCCUCGACCUUCACAUUUCCGACCCACCGACCAGCAAGUUGCCCAACCGCCGCCCCGGAGUCCGCGGACUCCUCCAGGAUCUCCGUGACGCCCUGCCCCGCUCCGAACUGCGGGACAUGUACCUGCGACUCUACUCCUCCGACUCGGAUCUCUCCACUGCCAUCCGCCUCAUCCGCGGCUCCGAGUUCCGGCGCUUGCUGCGCGAUCUGCGCCAACUGAAGGAGUACCGCUCCCUGGCCGCCGAUCUGGAGAAGUCUGGUGUUCCGCUGCGCCAGCUGCAGCAACUGGUGGCUAGCGCCCUCGGCUGGAGCACCAUGGACAUGGGCGGGGAGACCGUCAUCUGGAAUGUUUAG